AUGGAUGAAGAAAGUCGAAUUAUACUUAUCUGGAAGGAUACAGUGGCAUUGAGGGUCCUGCAACAGUCCAAACAGGCAGUCACUUGCGAGAUCAAGCUACCAGGAUCCCAACCUUUUGUGUACACUGCCAUUUACGCCUCCAAUGAGGCAGAGGAGCGAACAGAUCUGUGGGUGGAGCUUCUAAACACUUCCAACACUUUCUCGCUUGAUCAAGUUCCUUGGAUCAUGGGCGGUGACUUCAACCAGGUUAUGCAUUUCUCUGAACACUCAAAUCCCGAAGUUAACUGCCUUUCAAGCCGUAUGGUGGAGUUCAAAGACUGCCUCACACAAAUUGGCCUCUAUGAUCUUCGCUAUCAAGGACCGGUUUUCACCUGGACCAAUAAACAACCUGACUUUCCUGUAGCGAAAAAGCUCGACCGUCUUCUCAUCAACAGCCAAGUUCUAAAUCUCUUCCCCAACUGCUCUUCCUUCUUCCUUCCCGCCCUCACCUAUGACCGUAGCCCCUGCAUCCUUGACUUAGCCUAUAAAAUUUCUACCCAUGGAAUCCGUCCUUUCAAAUUCUACAACUAUCUGACCAAGCACCGAACUUUCUUCAGGUGGUUGAUGACGCAUGGACACAAGCCGGAAGCAUUGUCUGGAACCUAA